AUGACGCAGUCCACGUGUCCGGGAGAUUUAAAAGUUUGGGAAGGGACCGCGGGCUCCGCAGCCUGGCGACUCCAGAGCGGGAGGGAAGCGAGCGACGCAGCGGGUGAGGCAGGGAAGGGCUCCGCGGCGCAGACUCGGGGCCAGCUGGGCCCCCCUUCGGCAGACACCAUGUUCAGGAGAGGCUCUUGCCAGCAGCAGCAGCCCCCCGUUCAGCACCACGCUGCCUCCCCCCGCGGCAGCCAGCCCAGCCUUAGGAACCAGCCGGGGCGCCACAGCAACGUGCCAGAAGCGUCCCUGUUAUUGCUCUUCCUGCUCCUCGCCUCCUGGACGUGCGCCUGCCAAGGUGUACCAGUGCCAUCUCAAGAACUACAGGCAGAACAAGACUUGCAGCUGUGGAAUGAAAUAGAUGAUGCAUGUUCUGCUUACCUGUCCAUCAUAGAUCCUCACCCUGAGACAUCCAGUGCACUGGAAGAACUUUGCUUUAUGGUCAUGGGAUUUCUACAGAAACCUCAGAGUUUAGAGGAAAAAGACAACACUAAAAGGUUCUUAUUUCAUUAUUCUAAGACUCAUGACUCAGGCAAUUCAGACAUCAUGUCGUCUGUCCUGCAUCCUUUGCUGCAACUUGUUCCCCAACUUCAUGAGAGAAGACUGAAGAGAUACAAAGCAGACGAGGAACUUCAAGGACCUGGAGGGAUUCAAAGCAGGGGCUACUUUUUGUUCAGGCCACGCAAUGGAAGGAGAUCAGCAGGUUUCCGCUGA